AUGGUUCUCCAUGGAGCUCCCAGCAACUGGGUGCCGAACAUGUGGAGGCUAGAGCAGCAAACCUUUCGUUUUGAUCGAAGUCCAUUCGAGUCUGAGCUCGCCGACAUGGCCAAGAAGGCCAUCGCGGUUGGCUACCAUCACCUGGAUCGUGCUGAAAUAUACGGAAAUGAAUCUGAGAGUGAAGUGUCUCGUGACCGCCUCCGCGUCUCGACGAAGGUGUUGGAUACAAUCGAGCACAUUCCUCGUGCAAUCAACACAAGCCUCAAAAGUCUUGAGCUUGACUGCCUAUAG